ACAUCAGACCCUUAGACCUAGGUUCAGUUUCUGCAUGAUUCAAGGUCGCUCCACUUGGCCCGAACCACGCCGUGGACAGAUGGUUGGAGGCUGAAGUCUGCGUCUCCUUUCUUUUUCACUAUGCGAGCACUACACAGCGGAGGCAUGCUAAUCGAUGGGAGGGUAGAGUUCAUGGAUCUAUGGCAUGAGUUGAAGGUUCCUGAUGAUGUGGAUCUGGCAAGACAGUUAGCGACUGGCAAGUACUUUUUUCACCCCUUAUUUCACUUCUCAACGCCGAGGCACAGAGGGUCUCCAGGUUACGGCGAGUCAAGCUGCCCCUGUCAAGGCACCAAACAAGAAGAAGGGCAAGAAAGGGGGGGCACCACGCCAGCGACAAAUCCGCCUCACCAAUACACAUUUGAAGGGAGAAAUCGAUUUGUCGCGGGAUUUUGUGGUACCGGGAAAAUGAGCAUAUUUAGUAUCAUUUUGUUUUUCAGGGACAUCCUGUACUUAACCUACUAGAGCAUCUGAAUAUAUUCAAUAUCAUUGACUUGGUUAUUACUGAGGAAGCUGCCGAUGGAUUAGUCACUGCACGAGAAGCUGCCAUACUAGUAAGACCACAGUGUGGUUCUCAGAUCUUAGCCAUGCUAUCGCCAGCGCGCGACUCAGGUGAUCU